AUGACUAAAGCAAAGGUGGCACGCACAGUCUAUUGCAUAUUGCUGUCAUUGUCAUUGAUGCUUGCGCCUAUAGAGUCGUUGCCUCCGGAGCUAUAUACUCACAUUUUAUCGCACAUACCAUCGGAAGAUCUCCAGCAAACUGUUCUCGCUCUCACUCGCGCUGCCGCACGCUCGCCUAUACCGAUAUAUCACCUAUUCGAACGCGUACGGCUGAGACAUGGCGAUCAGGUCAUUCAGCUGUAUCGCCGAUUGCGAAAGAACUCUGAAGACGCUGCUUGGGUCCGACAUUUCUCGCUGGAGUGCUGGACGGUUGAUGCAGAUGUCGUGGUGAACCUGCUCGCGCUCUUGGCGAAAUUGCGAGAGCUGACCUUGUUCAUCGGACCAUUCUUUGCACCGGAACACUUGGAAGAAAUGUUCCAGAAGCCGAUGGAAGAGUUGCGGUUCAUCUCCUUGAGGUUCAGGCCAUACGUGCAACGAGCAACCUACUAUCAAUUUCUCAAGGUACGUGAGGGAGAUAUGCUCGGUGCAUACUGCUCUUCUAACAUAUUCUGCCAGGGAGCAUACUUUGAUUCUACAUUGCUUGCGUUCUCGCGUUGGCCUGCCGGAGAACUACCUACACUUUCCAUUGUACAAGAGCCCCUGGAUCCAUCCAUUGCGCCCACAAAGUUUGCGCAACCUCUUGUGUUCUUCCGCUUGGAUACUCUCUCCACUCUCGCCCUUUGUCCGCUUCUUGAGAAUCUUCAUCAUUUCCGUCUGCGUGUGCCCACGCGACAGGCCGCUCGUUUCCUGUAUGCGCUCCCAAACGCGCUCCCAAACAUAGAACUGCUCGAUAUGUCGACAUGCAAUGUAGUUGAGGCCGACGUCGAGGGGAUGUUGGGGCGUUUCGACAAACUGAAAGCUUUAGUACUCGACGGCUGUCACAUUGUUAGCCAGCGGGCCGAUGUGCAAGGACAGGAUGGCGAGACUUUGGGGCAUUGGGCAGGGUUAGGGAAGACGAUGGCACUGGCUGGAGUCAAGUAUGCGAGGGAACGAGAGAAAAGGCUGAAGCUUUGGCUAGAAGCCAGCCAUGCUCGAGCAGCAGCGGCUCUGGCUGGCAUAGAACCAGCCGUUGAGCAAGCUCCCAUGCGCAGACAACCUCGCCGUGGUCGACGUGGACUGGCCACUGCGACGGUCUCCCUUCGUAACUCUCCUCCAAAGGACACGAUCUUCCUCCCAAAAGUUCCCUCCACGAGCCGCCUCCCACUUCAGAACCAGCGGAUCCGUAUCCUUCCCUCAUUGCCGACUAUUCAUUCGCUCGCGACAACUACGCCAGUCUCCAUGGGGCCGGAAAAGCAUGGAGCCAUCCGUGUUGAGUUUGAGCGUGGGUGGGCGGAGGGCGUUAUGCAGCUUUCUGCCAUCCGCGGCCGCUUGCGCCAAAGUUGGGGAAACGGCAUGCGGGUAGUCAUGUUUGACCGGGACUAUGAGCCUGAUGAGGAGGAUGGGGACGGCGAAGAUGGACUAGCUGGGCUGAAGGACGUGGAGGAUGAAGGAGCAUUUGUGGUCCCAGUGGUGGAGGACAGCGCAGAUGGGCAUGGAGAAAAAUCAGGUGCCACUGUGGCAUCUUGCCCUAUACUGUGUUUGGCUGGACCCGGACGAAAGGAGGGACACAUUGAUGGAUGCGGACACCAGCUCGGAUGGGGGGUUUGGCGAGAUGAUUUGUGA